CCCUGAACUGUGGAGGAGUUUAUGUGAGACAGCAUCAUAAUUCUCCGAUUUCAUAGAGUCAGCAAGAUCCUUUCGGGUAAGCCCAGGAAUAUAGGAAGUGUGCCGUGAGUGGUAGCAGUUUUGUAAGGGCAUGGCUUAUGGCAGGGAGUGACCCGAUAGCUCUUGUUGAGUCGACUGUGAACGCAUGGUUACCUCUUAAAAAGAAUAGCUCUUCUUCAUCUUUGACCCUUCCUUAUUCCUUUCCUUGAACAUUGAUCACGCAUUUCUCUACUAUUGCGGCCAAGACGGUCGAAGAUAGCAAGGAUACUUUUCAAUGGUAGCAAAGCUAGCUCUUAGUAUCAUUGGCACUCUGUGAUGGGUAAAUUUCCAUAAAAAAGGGACAACUUUUCUACACUUCAAACGUACGUGCGCACUAAGAUAGGUAGAGAGACGAGAAGGAAUGAAAGGGCAUGAGCGAGGGCGCCGUUUUUCAGGCGUAGGUUUUGUAGUUUUUGUUCGGGCUCAACUGCCGCAAGGUGGAGCGUCACUGGGGCAGAACGAGAGAGAGAUCGUCGAUGGAAUUACAGGAGAGUCCGUGAUUUCGUUGCUGGGACAACAGAGCUUCCGACUGGGAAUGGCCGAUCUGGCUGUAACCGGCCGUUUUACGGUCAGGAGGUGAACCGCCGGAUAGAUGAUGGUUGGAGGAGAUGGAAUCCUCGCAGAGAUAUUGGAGCUUCCUCGAGAAGAUCGACAAGUGAAGAGCAAAGGCGAUUUGAUAUUCUUCAGGCAAUGGAAUGGACAAUCCCGAUUUCAAGCAACGAAGGGAAUCAGUGAGCUUCAGGCAACGGAGGUCAGGCCAUUUGUUCAAAUUGAAAGUAAAACCUUUUGCUUUGACUUGGUAAACUCCGAAUUACGCAUUAGCCAAAACAAAAACAAUCAAAGUUGUUGUAUUCUUUUGGGUAUUGAGGUAUUGAGGGGUUAACAUGGCUGUGUGACUCUCUUAGUCAAAUCCAAUCUGGGAAUUUGUGGACUUUCACAAGAUAUCAUGGUUCCAGUAAAAUUCAACUAUUUUAUGGGAGAAAUCAUUUUGGUGGAUACAUUACUUUGGUUGAGAUGGACAUUAAAGGAAGAAAUACUUUAGUCAUUCCUGAAGGACGGAAUGGAAAAGGGAUUUCUCUUUUUCUAUCAGGGAUUAAAAGAGCAACUGCUUCGUUAAAGGAAUCCGUUACCAAGCAACCAACAUUUGGGCAUGAUUCAUGGGAGGUGUUGGAUUCACAUAUCCAUGAGUUUGAUUUUCUUUUAAAUGGGGAUAAUAUUCACUCUUGGGAAUAUGAUUUUUCCAUUUCAAGUACUUUAUUUCAAGUUGAUAUAGAUCAUAUAACUUCUUUGGAUAGGGUGAUCAUAGGAGCUGAUGUGGAAGUCUUUGACGAGGCGAUUAUUAAUAAUUUUCGUGAUGAGGAGGGAGUUAUUGAUACUAUUCCUCUCCAGGUUUCUUUUCCAAAUCAGAAUAAGAUCAUUAUUUUUUCAGAGGGUGUUUCUCAAUCUAAAGAUAUUGAUAGUAUCCUUGAAACUACUUCUCUUCGAGUUUCUUAUUCACCUCACUCCAAACUAUUAGCGGGUGGAUUAGUUUCUCCUCAGACGGCAGUUUUGGAACUUAAUGCUUCGGGUGGUAACAAUCUUGAAGUUACACCUGUUCAACUGUCACUUUAUGAUCGUGAGCUACUUGACCGCGUUGCUGAUACUGAAUGGGACUCAGCCAGUUCUGGAUUGCUACCUCGACGCAGUGCCCGUCUCAAGGCUAAAAAAUUGGCUGAAACAUAGGGCCAUUUCUGCUUACUGGAUUAGCUUUUGGAUAUUUUGGGGGCUUCAUAUCUUUCGGGUAACUCAGUACAUCUCGACGGGGAGCUAAGCGUUUUACUUUAGGGAAUUGCA